AUGGGUUUCUUUCGCUCAGAUCUUCUUCAACACCAGCAAUGUGUUACCGACAAGAAGAGCAAAGAUCUUGAGGUCCAGAGCUCGAUCAAACAUAAAGAUGGUAUUUUCGGAGAAGAUGCAGAGAUGGUGAUGAAAAGCUUAGGACUACUCACCGACUCAGAAAGCGAGGGGCUUCAGAAACGUUACAGCUCUGAGGAACUUUCCAACUUGUUUGAAGAGAAAGAGCCGAGCUUGGAGGAAUUGAAGCAAGUUUUUGAUGUCUUUGAUGAAAACAGAGAUGGGUUUCUUGAUCCAGUAGAUUUGCAGAGAGUUUUGACCAUCCUUGGCUUAGAGCAAGGAUCUAACCUUGAGAACUGCAGGAGAAUGAUUAGAUCAUUUGACGGAAACAAAGAUGGAAGAAUUGAUUUCUAUGGAUUUGUGAAAUUCAUGGAUAACAAUUAUUGCUGA